GACACGACACACGAGUCACUGAUUGUCUGGUGAUAAUCGUGUGGUUUGUCUGGUGUUUGUGGCCAUCGGUUGGGAUGUCUGUGGACUCGAGUCUCUUCGUGUUCGCACUCUUCGACACUUCGGCUCUACUUUUUCUAACCGUUUAUAUCGUGAUCACAUUGAGUGACUUGGAGUGCGAUUAUCUGAACGCUCAUCAGUGCUGUAAUAAAUUAAAUAAGUGGGUGAUUCCGGAACUGAUAUCGUAUGCAAUUCUGGUAAUACUUCUCUUAUUCACAAACCAUUGGUUUCUAUUCAUUCUGAACGGACCGAUGCUGUCAUGGAUUGGCUAUAAAUACUAUUCAAUACCGAAGGGAAACAUCGGUUUCUAUGACGCGACUGAAGUCCACAACAGAGGAAAUCUGAAACAACUGAUGAAAUUCUCAAUGAUUCGAUUGGCCUUUCAUUUGAUCCAUUUCUUCAUUUACUUGUAUUGUAUGAUAAUUGCAUUAAUUGAGUCCUAUUUUGUGACACGAGUUGCCGUUAAUCUGAAGACAAGUGAUUCGGCAAAGAUGUCAUCGAAACCAACUAAAACUCAUUUGGCUCUUAAAAAGGCUGAUAAUUAUAAUCACAACGAUUUUGAUUCCAAACUAAUGGUAUGUCUUAUGAAUCGAUCGGCAAUUUGUCUUCCGGUGACCGAGAGAUCAGAACCAUUGACUGGUGAGGAUGUGUUGGACAAAGUAUACAAUCAACUGAGAGACCAAAACAUAGAUUACGACAAACCAUUGUAUUUUGAUCCCAAAUACAAGAAUUUGUUCGCCAUUUGGGUUACUUCUGCUUAUCUUGAGCUCCAGUUACAGCCGACGCACCGGCCGUUCACAGUGUUGACCAAUUGGGACCAACUUCUCUUCAAACACGGACCCAUAGAACUGGUCACAGAUCCACAACUUAUUAGAAAAGAUGAGCCGAACCUUAGUUUCCAGAGGAAUGUGUUUUGCGAUAAAUCAAGAGAUAAUGAGAUCGGAGUGUCAGAUAUGGGCGCUCUUCGACUUCUGUACUUUGAGGCCAAACUCAAUGUAUUGGACGGCAGAUAUCCGUACGACGAUUACGAACAGUUGGCCGCAUAUCAGGCGGCCAUCGAUUUGGGACCAUAUGAUCAAAAUGAACACUCGAUUCAGUAUUUCCGCCAGCAUUUGAAUGAAUUCAUUCCCUGCAAUCACGUCAAAGGCAGUGAUGGCAACAAAAUCAAUGGUUUGAUGCGAACGCUAAGUCGUGGCACUCAAACACAUCGUUGCGCUCAACGAAUUGUCGACAAAUACAGAGACAUCUCUAAUCAUAAAUGGACUGAUUAUGACCUCUUGAAGGCCUAUUUAGACAUUUGCCACACAAUACCGGCUUACGGAAGCGCUUACUUCUCGGCACAAAUCGAAAGACCCAUAAAAUCGAGUUUCGCGUCUUUGAUGAGUCAUUUCGACCUAAAAGUAUGGGUUGCCGUCAAUAAGGAUGGUCUGCACCUCAUAUCCAAAGAAAAGCCGGAACUGUUGCUUUCAAUCGAUUACGACGACUUGUGUUGGGCGGUGGGAUGUCCUCAGGACUCUUCGGAUCCCAAUUGCAUUCCCUGUCUAUUCAUUCAAAUACCGGACGAAAGCGACAAAAACACAAUUUUGCAGAUAUUUUCGCGUCAAUACAAACUCAUCGAAUCGAUCCUUCAUUCGUUUAUAGAGGAGGCAAAGGCCAAGUCCUCGAGUCAGCCGAUGAGUCCGUCCUGUGAUGUGACGGACAGCGCACAACCCAUUGCCGCUCAACGUGUCAUCACUUAUGAAAGCAAUCCUAAGUUAUCAUUACUCCGGAAGAAGUUAUCGUUGGCCACAUUCGACGGGUCCGGUCAGUGCAUCAACAAAACUGGUUCGUGGGUUAGAUCACAGCACAGGAAGACAAUUAACUGAAUAUACAGUUAAUUAUUUUAGUUAUCAUUUCAUUUAUAGAAAUUUAUUUAUACGUUAAAUACAAUAUAAAAGUUAUAUAAAUAAUGUAUUCAUUUCUAAUUGGAUUUCUAUUACUUAAUAAACACUAUUAUAUUUAAAGCCUUUAA